AUGCUCGCGUUCUCUUUGUUAACAUUUAUCCGCGGAGAAAUGAAGAUUGUUAAUCCAGUAAAAAUGCCACCGCUUACAUCAGGCUAUUUUAAUAUUCAAUACAAAUACAAUGGACAAGAUAUACCAUUCACAUAUAUGGAUAUCGGAACAGAAGUCCAAUUAAUUGUCAAUGAUCAAAAGUAUGAACCAAAAGAUCAAAGCCAUGGACCAUUUGGGGGUGUCAUUUUAGAUCUCCAACUUGAAAAAGUCACACCUAAUGAUGGUUAUCUUAAAUUCGUUCUUACUAAUACCAAUAAAGAAUCUGUCAAGGUCAAACUUGGAACAUAUACUGACAUUGGAUUUUGGAAUUUCAAUGGCAACAAUAAGAUUUAUCCAUACGAUAGUAAACCAAAAACAGGAAAAGUUUCACCUGGAAAAUUCUUAUAUGCAGUUGAUGAAUAUGCAAAUCCAGGUCAACAAUUAUCACAUCCUGCUUAUCAAAGAUGCGUUUUUGAUCAUCUUCCAGUUCAUGAAGGUCGCGAUUUCAUUGUACCAGACGGAUUUUGGUACGGAUUAACAGCCCAAGCUAAUCCAAAAUUCUUUAAGAAAUUUGAAAACGAAAAUCAAAAAGUCCAAAAGGAUAAAGAGGGUGGUGAUGAUCUUUGCGCUGAAUACUCAUUUCCAGAACAAACCAUCGGAUCUGACCAAGUUAUUACAUAUGGUAUCCAUAUAUUCUUCAUCAUGGAGACAGAAUUAGACGUUAUUGCUGAGAAGCUAAAAGUUGCCAUUUCUGAAUCUGAAUCUCAAGCCACUAUAACAACCUGGAUGAGACUUCUCAAUGUAGGUACAUCUUAUACACUUAAUUGGCAAAAGAAAGGAGAGGCUUCAACCAAAAAAUCCGCUACUUUUAAUGCUGGAUUUGCCACUGAUAGAUAUGGCAUUAAUUACAACCCAACAUCAAAUAACGAAGUUGUUGAAAUUUGGUUCACAGAAACAGCCAAUACCAAUAAGAAGUCCAAUGUUCUUGAAGUAACAGUCACAAAGUCCUCAAAACCAAGCAUUACUGUACAAACAGGAACAACAAAUACAAAUAAGUUGACUCAAAACUCUAAGAUCCCAUUAACAAUGUCAAUUACUUCCGAAAAUCGUGUCACUGUUCACUUUGAUUUAUAUCAACGUGGAAUCAAUAUUCAUACUGAGACAGAAACAUAUGACUUAGGAGAAACCAGAACAACAAAAGCUGAUUUAAAGUAUGACUUCAACUGCGCCAAUUUAAGAUCAGGCGAACACAUUCUUAAAGUUUACGCAGUAAAUUCCCAAGGUCUUUCCUCAGAUGUUACAGAGAUUCAGUUUACAAUGGAAUAUCUAACACAAUUUGAUAGCCUUCAGUUUACAACUAAGUCAGCGGAACCAGGUGGCAAUGUUGUAUUAACAGGAAGAUUCAGGGAAACAGAUGUACAGCAAAAGGUCAGAUUCCAUGUACAGUUUGGAACAGAUCAAAACAUUGCACAUGGAGAUUUUCUCACUCCAACCGGUGAUUUCCAAACUUUCUCGAUGGAUUGCAAAGUUCCAAAUUUCGGUGAAGGUACAUACAAUUGCACAGCUUGGACAACUGUUGAUGACUCUGAAGAUAAAAUUUCACCAACCAAAUUAGAACUCAUCAUAUCUAAGAAACCUGAAUUGGUUAUAAAGCUAAGGCCUAAUGAAGUUUAUGCAAGUAGUGAUUUUCUUGUAUGCAAGUUUACAAUUAAAGAUGAAAACACAGGAACUGUUCAUUGGAAGAUAGGAGAUCUUUCUGGUGACCUAAUUUAUACAACAGACGGAACAAAUCCAUUCCCUCUUAAUAUUUCACUUCAACAAUUGAAAUAUCGUAGCAGUAAUUAUGUACUUAAAGUAUAUGUCACAGAUCACUUAGGAAUUGAUUCCGCUGAAGAAUCAUUCUCAUUCAAAAUACUUAAUAAACCAAUUAUUCAAGACAUUGUUGGGCUUAAAACAUUGGGAGCACCAGGAACUAAAACACAAUUCACAUUGAAAUUCAAAGAUCUUGAUGAAGACAAAAUACUUUAUCUAUUCUAUAGAAAUGUUAAAACCGGUGUUAAAAAGUUUGUUCAAAGGGUUGAAUCAAAUAGUCAGUCACAGGAUUAUCCUAUCGAUGAAUUCAGAUAUCCAAAUACAGGUAGAUAUCCUAUCCAGUUCUUCUUGUCUAUAUAUAUGGACGAAAACCAUGAAGAAACAACAAACUCAGAUUCUUUACUUUCUAAACAAAUUGAUCUUGUCUGCACAUUAGAGCCUUCAGUUACAGCUCAAUUCCCACCAUCUAAAAUCUACGGAAAUGGAGAAAAAAUCUCCUUCAAGUUAACCAUCAAGGAUGAUUCUCAAGGUACAGUCCAUUAUUCUCUUAAUAAUAAUGAGCUCUCAGGUGAUAAAGAUAUUCCUCCUGGUUAUACAAUUGAAAAUGGUGGUGAAGGUUAUUUCGAUAUGUCAUUUACAAUUCCUUCCGGCACCAACUUCAAAGAAAAUGGUGGCACACACAAAUUCGAAAUUUGGGUUGUUGAUGAAUUCAACAGACCAUCAAAUAAAGAACCUUUUGAAUUCAGAAUUGUGAACAAGCCAGAAAUUCUUAACAUCAAGGCAGAACCAGUAAAUAUCAGAAGUGAUACAACUCAAUCAAAGACAAUAACAAUCUCAGGCAACUAUAAGGAUUUAGAUAGAAACAAAGAUCUUUUCUUCUAUGUUAGAGAAGGAAAAUCCACAAGCCAACAUGGAGUUCCUGUUGCCAAAACCAUGAAGUCUGAGGGUAAACAAAGUGCCUCGUUCUCCUUCCAAUACACAAUUUCUGAAAACACAAAAUCAUACAAGAAUCUUGAAUUAGUUGCAUGGGUAGAAGAUGAUAAUAAUCCAGAUGAAGACGGCAAGAAUGGCCAAUCUGAGGAAGUAUCAAUUUUUGUCAAUGUAUCUUCUUCACCAUCCUUAUCUCAGGCAUGUCCAAAGGGACCAUUUGGCUUGAAUGAAGUUAUCCCACUCAAAUUCAAGGUUAACGAUGAUACAAAUGGCCACGUUACAUUCCUUCUUGAUAAUGAAAACCUUAACAUGGAUCUUCCAUAUGCAGCAACUAAUGGCCAAACAAGUGAAAUGUCUAAGAAUAUCACGCUUUCCAAACCACUUUCACUUGGAAAACACGCAAUAAAGUACUAUCCAAUUGAUGAAUUUGGAUUGGCUGCUACAUCCACCAACCAAAUUACAUGUGAAUUCCAGUACAUGUCACAACCAGUUCUUUCUGGUCUCUCCUUAAAUCAAACCUCUGCUGAUAACGAUGAAACCGUUACUGUCAAAGGUACACUCACAGAUUCAGAUCAGAAUAAAUUACUCUAUAUUAUGCAGCAGUUUGAAGGCGAAAAUCCAAUUGAAAUUGGCCAAAUUACAACUAAUGGUGGAUCUAAGCCAUUCGAAUUCCCACUCAAGAACUUGAUCAAUCAGAAAUCUGGAGACAGAAAGAUUUCAUUCUAUGCUACCGAUAAGAAAGAUGGAACUGCAAUCAGACCUUCUGAGAAGACACAGCUUUCGAUUAAAAUGGAAAAUGACCCAUUAAUUACAUUGGAUACAAGUGCAUCAAUAAUCGGCAUUGACGAAGAGCUGAAAAUUAUAUUCCAUUUCACAACAGACUACAGUUUCAGUUUAGAUAUAUUUACUAGUAAGGAAGCAUUAGAGAAUGGUUCUCCAAUUAAAGAACAUUUAAAUUAUAACCCAUCAACAGGAGGAAGUGAUCAAUACACAAGAACUUUCAGCUAUAAAUAUCCUGGAGAACAAACAGUAUACUUCAAGAUGACAAGUCCUAAGCUUUCUAAACCUCAUAUCGCUCAUUACACAGUUAUUGUCAGAGAUGCUCCAGUCUUGAAUUCCAUCACACUUCUUCAACCAACAGCUGAACCAGGUGGUUAUGUAAAUAUCAAGUAUUCUUUCGAUCCAAAGUGA